GGAGAAUAAAACGGGCCGCUGCGCAGUCACAAUACCAGACGACACAUCAGACACUUUAUUGAAGACCAGACGGGAGACAAAAACAAACCUGUAUCUUACAACAUUUAACGUUCUUCAACAUAAAGUCAGAACUAUCAUUUUCUUUCGGCGUUGUUGAUAUUUAAACUGCCGAGAAUGCCUUUUCUAGGACAGGAUUGGCGGUCCCCGGGUCAGAGCUGGGUUAAAACUGAAGAAGGAUGGAAAAACUAUUCUUUAGACGAAAAAACAGCAAUGACUCAGACAUCCCAGCGUCAUGGUUACUGCACUCUGGGAGAAGCGUUCAACCGGCUGGACUUCUGCAGCGCCAUCAAGGACAACCGGAGGUUCAACUAUGUCGUACGGCUGCUGGAGCUCAUUGCCAAGUCCCAGCUGCCCUCGCUCAGCGGAGUGGCUCAGAAAAAUUACAUGAACAUCCUGGAGAGAGUGGUGCAGAAAGUCCUCGGUGACCAGCAGAAUGUUCGGCCAAUCAAGGAGCUCCUUCAGACCCUGUACGUGUCUCUGUGUGGCCUGGUGCAGGAUAUGGGAAAGUCUGUUCUGGUGGGGAACAUCAACUGUUGGGUCCAUCGCAUGGAGAACAUUCUACAGUGGCAACAACAGCUGGACAAUAUUCAGAUCAACAGGCCUGUGUCAAAGGGUAUGACCCUGACAGACCUGCCUGCCAGCCUGCAGCUGAACAUCAUGGAGCGUCUGUCAGAUGGCAGGGACCUGGUCAGUUUGGGACAGGUGACUCCAGACCUGGGACAACUCACUGAGGACAGGCUGCUGUGGAAGAGACUCUGCCAGCACCACUUCACUGACAGACAGGUACAGACUGGUAUUUAUAUAUACAUACACACACAGUCUUCUAUAAUUAACUUUGUGGGGACACACAAUUCAGUCGCAUUUCAAAUCGUAUUUUCUUUAACCUUAACCCUAAAACUCUGUGUGGGAACACUUCAACACCUGUCAAUCAUUCUAACCCUGCAGUUCUGCACACACUGUCACAUCCUCUUCUGGAAGGAUACAAACCACCCUUGCACAGCCAACAACACAGAGAGCUGCUGUAAGCCUGUUUCUCCACAAGGCUUUAUCAACCUCUUCAAGUUCUGAGAGCCACACGGAGCCUGAGUGCCUUUUGUACAUACGGUACAGAACUGCUUUAUAGAGAGAUCAAAUGGAUCCAAACGGGCCCUUAGUAUGUGUAUAGUGGUGAUGGUUCCUGGUCACCGUGACACUGGGGGAGAGGAAGCAGUGGGGAAAUGAUGCAAUGGAAUUCUUGGCUUCUGGAGAGCUGAGGAUUCUGGGAGCUGGAGUUCUACAGCUGAGAACAAGUGAACUUGACAAACUGAUCCAAAGAGAGGUGGACCAAGAAGAGGGGGAUGAGGUGGAACAGAGUACUCUGAAGUUUAUUAAAUAAGUUUGGUCCUUUUUUAACAUUUUAAAUUCAAAUUAAGUGCACUUCUCUUCCUGAGUGCAGUUACUGCAUGGCUACCAUAACAGCAUACUAAGUUGAAACAUUUUCCAGAAAGGAAAUAAUUUGCAAAAGUGAAUUUGAUUAGUUUUUAAAUAGGGCUGUCAAACGAUUCAAAUAAUUAAUAGAGUUAAUAACAUUAAAAGAUCCUUUUUAAAAAGCAGUGCAUUGAGUUAUAGACAUACUAUGUUUGGAUUGUAAGGGAAAGAGAGAAAAUCAUCUGUAUGCAUGUUUUUAAUGGCAUUUGAAACUAUAAACGGCACAAAAGUCACUGCGAACAUAGAUGCUAACGCUCCCAAUGUUUCAGUAGGCCUCUACUCCCUCUUAUCAAUGUUCUUGAAGUUUAACACUUCCUCAGUUGCCACACACACACUCAAGUUCUGAAAGCUUCAGGCAUUCCACAUGAGUGUUCUGCCAAUUUCUGAUUGGAGUGUUGACUAUAAGGAAGAUAGAACUGUAUCCAUGGAGACAAAGGGCUUUUAAACCCGUCCAAUGUUAAUUAACCUGUCCAAUUAACAACCGAUCAGACAGGUAUUAGAUCUAGCCUAGGAUACUGAUCUAUGUUCCUCAACACCAACUAGUCACAAGCUGCUACUAGAAUUGGGAUACUUUUCUGAACUUAACCUGAAAACUAAAACGGUAACGUUAGGUGAAUGGAUUGGAUUUCCUGUUUUAGUGGGAAGUUAGCUAGCUAGUUGAUUCAAGAUGCAAUCAGGCAUGGCAUUGUAAACAUUUUAGUUUGGUUUGCUAGCUAGCGUUAGCAUAACUAAGCUAAAAGCUUUUGUACAAAUUAUGUUUUUGCUGUUAUCUAAAGAAACGCCAGGGAAUGUGUUUAUGGUUGAACUUAAUGUCAGUUUUCCUUUUAACUGUUGUUCAAAGCUGUGCGCGUCGGGCACCACAAGAGCCCGGCAGCGCUACUGAGACCGAGGUCACACUGACUGAGAGGCGUGACCAGGCACAGAGCGUGUUGUGUGUUGCGCUUAAAACGGUCCGUGCGGAAACAAGCCAUCAAAAGGGUCCGUGUGGAAACGAGCGUUCAGAAAGAUUCCGUGUGAUGAAGAAAUUGAGACAAACGGUGUCCAAUUUUGUUUUUACGGGAAUUACAAAUGUCACGCGUUAUUUAACGAGUUAACUUUGACAGCCCUAGUUUUAAAACAUAAUGGCUUUCAUUUUCUAAAAGGAAAAAGGUAGGGGAA